CUUGGAGUAUUUGAAGAUUUACUCCUGUUCGGUUGUACGUUUCAAACUGAAAUGAUUGCUCACCCCAAAGAUGUUUUUGUAAAGACAGUUUGGAUUACCGCCCAAACUCAGGCUUUCUGAGAUUUAUUUUAUUUAUUUGUUUUGUGUGUGAGAGAGGGAGACUAAUUUUAAAUGAGUGAUGUGGUUGCCAGGGGAUAGAAAACUCUACAAACGGGAAUCAUGUUCUGCAUCGUAAAUUUUAUAGGGGAAACUGACCCUGAAAUUUGGGGUGUCUGUAAUUCUGUGCCCAGUAAAGUAUCAAUCUGGAGGUUCAUAAACCUUGGGAGUGCAUGUAAGAUUCUGGUUGCACCUCUGAGACUUCAGACUUAGAAGGGCUUGCUCUAGAAACUUCCAGUGGUACCAAGUACGUUAAUGCUAGGGAUUUCGUACAGUGUGAUUUUUUUUCAUUUUAGUUCUGCAACGAAGCGGCAACGACCAGGAGCAAGCAUAUUUUCUCAAUGAUGUGUGGAUCUGUAAAGAAACCAGGCGGCUAGGAGCGGGAGGGGAGGAGCCCAGCUGUGAGGUGUGUGUGCCCAAGAACCAUGUCUACGCGGGAGUCCUUUAACCCGGAAAGUUAUGAAUUGGACAAGAGCUUCCGGCUAACCAGAUUCACUGAACUCAAGGGCACUGGCUGCAAAGUGCCCCAAGAUGUCCUGCAGAAACUGCUGGAAUCCUUACAAGAGAACCACUUCCAAGAAGAUGAGCAAUUUCUGGGAGCAGUGAUGCCAAGACUUGGCAUCGGAAUGGAUACUUGUGUCAUUCCUUUGAGGCACGGCGGUCUUUCUUUGGUUCAGACCACGGAUUACAUUUAUCCUAUCGUCGAUGACCCUUACAUGAUGGGCAGGAUAGCAUGUGCCAAUGUCCUCAGCGACCUCUACGCGAUGGGGGUCACGGAAUGUGACAAUAUGCUGAUGCUCCUUGGAAUCAGCAAUAAGAUGACGGACAGGGAAAGGGAUAAAGUGAUGCCCCUAAUUAUACAGGGUUUUAAAGACGCGGCCGAGGAGGCAGGGACGUCUGUGACGGGUGGCCAGACGGUGUUAAACCCCUGGAUCGUUUUGGGAGGAGUGGCUACCACCGUCUGCCAGCCCAACGAAUUUAUCAUGCCAGAUAACGCAGUACCGGGGGACGUGCUUGUGCUGACGAAGCCCCUGGGGACGCAGGUGGCCGUGGCCGUGCACCAGUGGCUGGAUAUCCCUGAAAAAUGGAAUAAGAUCAAGCUGGUGGUCACCCAAGAAGAUGUCGAGUUGGCAUACCAGGAGGCAAUGAUGAACAUGGCCAGGCUCAACAGAACAGCUGCAGGUCUCAUGCACACGUUCAACGCCCACGCUGCCACUGACAUCACGGGCUUUGGAAUUUUGGGCCACGCGCAGAACCUGGCCAAGCAGCAGAGGAAUGAGGUGUCCUUUGUGAUUCACAACCUUCCCGUCCUGGCCAAGAUGGCUGCCGUGAGCAAGGCCUGUGGAAACAUGUUCGGCCUCAUGCAUGGGACCUGCCCGGAGACAUCAGGAGGCCUCCUAAUCUGUUUACCGAGAGAGCAAGCUGCUCGAUUCUGUGCAGAGAUAAAGUCUCCCAAAUACGGGGAAGGUCACCAAGCAUGGAUUAUUGGGAUCGUAGAGAAGGGCAACCGCACAGCCAGAAUCAUAGACAAGCCCCGGAUCAUCGAAGUCGCACCACAGGUGGCCACUCAGAACGUGAACCCCACCCCGGGGGCCACCUCUUAAUCUAGACCCAACUAGCUAUUUGGUUUUGUUUUUAAAUAGAUCUAUUUCCUUUUUCAUCAUUUCAAUUAAAGACUAUAAACAACAACAAAAAUCUCAUUGUGUCUACACAUCUGGUGACCUUAGGUCGAUUUGUGAGUGGAUGCAAUUAAUAAAAUAAAAUCCAUUGCCUUUUUUUCCUGUUACAUUAACUGAAGAUGCACCUAAUCUUGAGGCAGCUUCUGAGUUGAGAAUUAUAUUGUUAUCCAAUACUGUUGAUUCAUUUUGAAUCUUUAGACACUUAUCUCUUGCCGCAUAGGCUCUUUUUAAAGGUGCUUUCACGUAGCACAGACAUUACCAGUCGUGGGGUCAGAUAGCAGUUGGUGUCUUUUCAUUUUGUGUGUAUUUAUCGUUCCCGGUCUGGUCUUUUUUUUAAAGUGUCUUGAAUGGGAUUCUGGAAAGAUGGAAUUGGUAAGUGACACAACGGUAGCCCGGUAGUGAGAGGGUCACGUGAUUCCUUCCAGUCUUUCCUUUGUAAAGCCCGGUGUCCUCAUUCGAGAACAUCUCUUUGACCCAGGACAUUUUCCCAAUAGCGCAUUCAGUUAAACGAGGCAAGUGCUGAACUCUGCAUGGAAAGCACUUUGAAGACAAGAAAGAAAUCUAAUUUCUUUUUUUGUAGCCUUCCUAAUAUUUGCAGUAAUACCAUUAACUGUUUUCUUUUAUUGACAGCAAAAAAGGAUACUUUUUGCGAUGUAACUAGAUGUUCUAUAGUGCAACAAGGAAUUGCCCCCCGAAAGGGGGUUCGUGUAUAAUACUCAUUUACAAUUCAAUAUAUAAGUAACUACACAAAUAAUUUUUAAAUAUAAUCCAUAAUAAAGACUGUUCUGUGGAUGGUAGUGUUUAAUACAUUUUAUAUUUUGUAUAGUGAUUCAGGCCUCUUGUUUUCUUAAAAUCAGCAGUUAUUUAGCCUAAUUCUCAGCAUUAUUUUGUCCUUGGUGCCAGUCCAUUUUUGUGCACGCUUUUUGUGAUCUGUGUUAAAAAUCUGCAUUGCCAACAUCGCAGCUCGAACUUAAACUUGUUAUUCAAAUAAAUAUUUAAUUUUUUUUUUAAUGCUCUUGUAUAAUCAGAUGCCCCCUUUAGUAUUAUUUUAGAAGCGUUGGGAGGGUUUUGGCUAAAAGUACAAUUUAUCGGGGAAAACUAGAUUUUAGUUUUAUAAAACUUUUAAGUCUUUCACGGGACCUAUAUUUUCUUGAAUUAAAUUUUGUAGUUCUAGAACAAAUAGGCGAUCCACAAAGGUGUUUCUCUGUGUUACUUAAAAACAGAGGCUUCCUUCUGUCUUAACCCACCAAACAGUAAGGAGGGGAUCGCUGUCAUUAAGCACACGAGUGCUCCGGUGGCUCAAGUGUCUGCCUAAGAGAAUAAAGCACCCCCGUCCCUGCGAGUUUCUGAAUGCCUCCUGCUUGCAGGCACCAAAGCCGUGAGAACAGACCCUCCUCUUGCCAAAGGAAACCAGCCCUCGGGAGAGGACGCCCCCGGAAGAGGCCUCACCGCGGAUGCGCCCUCCACCAGGAGCCAGAGGGCGGCCGCUGCGCGGGCGUGACUGGAACUCAAGCCAUACGUGCGGGUGUGCGGGACCCCAGGGGCCGCUCCGGAACUGACAUUGAUGGGACGUUUUGUAGGCAUUUAUACAGAUGUUGGUCCCCAAAAGCUACAAACCAGUGGUCUGCAAAAUAAAAUGUGUUGGAAACCUCUGAGUAAGGUGAA